GCGGGGGAUUGUGAACCCAGCGAACAGCUUGCAGGUCCGCAAAAGCAACUCGGCGCUGUCCGCAUUCAUUUAGGGACACACACACACACAAAAAAAAACUUCCUCUACAAUCACGUUUCAGGCCCACUAAGAGACGACAUUUGAGUUCGGCAAGCCCAGCAGUUCCCUGGUCAGACAUGAAGUGCCCCGCAGGCCUGGAACGCUGAGCAGCUGAGUUCGGCAUUAAAACCACUCGAGCUGACAGCCAUGGCUGACAGAGAUGGACUUCCUAUCACACCUGGUCAAGUCUACGUUGAGGUGGAAUAUGACUAUGAGUACAAGGCCAAAGACAAGGUGGUCACCAUCCGGCAGGGGGAGUGCUACAUGCUAGUGAAGAAAACCAAUGAGGACUGGUGGCAGGUGAGGAAGGAUGAGGGCACAAAGGCUUUCUACGUGCCAGCCCAGUAUGUCAGAGAGGUGCGGCGGGCUCUGAUGCCCCCUCAGAAGCCCAACUUGAGGGCCAAGCCUACUGUUCUUGAUAUCUGCAUGGCAUCAAAUGAGAACCUUAACCGGCCACAGCCAGAAAUGUCCAGUUUUGGGCGUCCGUCGCCUUCAUCCACGCCGUCACCUUCCUCAGACCGUGUCACACCGCCGGGUCUGCCCAAGGAUGCUAACCAGAAUUUGGGAAGUCCCCAUCAUUGCAAGGUGGUGGCCGAACUGGUGCUUCUUCAUAACAACAACAAUUCAACUCUGCCGCGGAGUCGAGCCGACUCGCCUCCGAUCAAAGAAGAGAACAACCACAGCAGAAGUCCAGAAAGUGACAAGAGCUCCCCACAAUGUGACAUACCAGGAAAUGGCCUUAGCAAGCUCCGCAAUGACUCUGAGUCGGGUGAUGAGCUCAGCAGCAGUUCAACAGAACACAUGCAGACUACAUCACCGACGGGUCAGGGCAGAUCGGACUCCCCUGUCUACACUAACCUCCAGGAGCUCAAGAUCUCUCAAUCCAGUCUGCCGCCUGUCCCCUCGGGCUCACCUCUUCACAUCCUCGGCGACUGGGAGACCCACAAAGACUUAAGUGGCAGACAUUUUUACUACAACCGAGCCACAGGGGAGCGCACGUGGAAACCGCCGCGAACACGGGACACCAGCGGCAGCACCAGCAGCUUCCGAGGAGAAAACCAAGGCACGGCAGAGAGCGAGCUGCUGUCUUCUGAAGAGAACUGCCAUAGUACUCAUUCCAGCCAGUCUGACAGCCAGUAUGGGUCGCCCCCAAGAGGCUGGUCAGAGGAGCUUGAUGAGCACGGACACACCCUUUACGUCUCAGAGUACACACAAGAGAAGUGGAUAAAGCACAUUGAUGAGCAAGGCCGACCUUAUUACUACAACGUGGAUGGAUCCAGGUCUGAAUGGGAAUUACCAAAGUACAACAUCUCCCCUCAGUCCAGUGAGGCCCCCAAGAGUCGGAGCCUGGAGAGGAAGCAGCCGGAUCCCAUCAUCCUCACCAAGUGGCGACACAGCACAUAUGUCCUUGAUCACAACGACAAGGAGUGUGCUCCGGCGCCCAAGCAGAGCUCUCCCGACUCUGACUCCUGCCCAUCAUCUCCUAAGCGCCCCUUGACCCCAUCAGAGAAGUGCGGGGUCCUGAAUGUCACCAAAAUCACAGAGAAUGGGAAGAAAGUCAGGAAGAACUGGGCAUCAUCAUGGACGGUGUUACAAGGCUCCUCGCUCCUCUUUGCAAAAGGUCAAGGAGGAAGCACUAGCUGGAAGUUUGGCAGCAACCAAUCGAAGCCGGAGUUCACGGUUGACUUGCGCGGGGGUUCGGUGGAAUGGGCUUCCAAGGACAAGUCCAGCAAGAAGCACGUCAUUGAGUUGAAGACACGUCAGGGGACGGAACUGUUGAUCCAGUCUGAAAUCGACAGUGUCAUCAACGACUGGUACCGGGCCCUGACUGAGGCCAUUAACACGCAUCUGUGGGAGUCUGAUGAGGCCAUCGAAGAGGAUAUGCCAGAAUCUCCUGGAGCUGAAAAACACGACAAAGAGAAAGAUCAGCGAGACUCUAAGAAGAAUAGAGUUGUGAUGAAGACUUCUGUCAGUAUGGACUCAUCAGACCAGAAAAAGACGCGGCUGAAGCUCAAGAAGUUCUUAACACGUCGACCUACGUACCAGGCCGUCAGAGACAAAGGCUACAUCAAAGAUCAAGUUUUUGGUUGCAGUCUCAGUAACCUCUGCCAGCGGGAGAACACAUCUGUGCCCAAAUUUGUGAAAAUGUGUAUUGACCAUGUGGAGAACACAGGUCUGAGUAUCGAUGGCUUGUAUCGAGUCAGCGGGAACCUGGCGGUGAUCCAGAAGCUACGCUUUGCUGUGAACCAUGAUGAGAAGGUGGAGCUGGAUGACAGCAAAUGGGAGGACAUCCAUGUCACGACAGGAGCACUCAAGAUGUUCUUCAGGGAACUUCCUGAACCGCUCUUCACUUACGGAUCCUUCAAUGACUUUGUUAAUGCAAUCAAAUGUUCUGACUACAAGCAGAGAGUAAACUCAAUCAAAGACCUGAUCAAGAAGUUGCCAAAACCGAACCACGACACAAUGCAAGUCCUCUUCAAACACCUGCGCAGGGUGAUAGACCACGGCGAAGCCAACCGCAUGACCACGCAGAGUGUGGCCAUUGUUUUCGGACCCACGCUCCUCCGGCCCGAGACGGAAACGGGCAACAUCGCGGUCCACAUGGUCUACCAGAACCAGAUCGUGGAGCUCAUAUUGCUCGAGUACGAAAGCAUCUUUGGCAGGUAGAGAGAGAGAGAGGGGCUCCAGACAUUUUGCCCCCGCCAUCUGUUUUUUUUUUUUUUUUUUUGGCUGUUUUUGACUGAAGUCAGUGUUGCUGUGGACCUGGCAGCUGGAAAAUCCAACAAUUUGUUGACAUGAACGUUUACACAAGCAUGCACUUACCAGUUAUGGAGUAGAAAUUGAAUUUCAAGGGGAACAGUUCCCUCACCUUUCCGUUCCGCUGCCGUUCAAUUGCGGAGGACGAACUUUCAGAUGACCUCUUGUGAUUUGGUGAAUUUGGAGUAUUCAGGUUUUUUUUUUUUUUUUUUUGUUUUGUUUUGUUUUUGGUGCCGCAGUCACUGAUUCCUGUAAAAACCUCCUUGUGUCUGGGAGAGUUAACAGAUGCUGCUCCGGUGGCGUUGAAAGGCAGAUGCAAACCUCGUGAUGUUGCCUGAACUGUGUUGGUCUUCUGUGUCGUGGCGCUUCGUCUGUGACGCCGGUAAUGCCAUAAAUUGGUGUUGUGUUAAUAGGCCGACGUUUUUUGUUGUCGUCGUUGUUGUUGUUGUUUGUUUUUUUUGCACUUGGCUGAACUGGAGCAGCGUUUCACAUUGUGCCCCCAUGAAACCCCACCCUCACCCUUCAAGUGUUAACCCCGACUGAGGGGCCAAAAACAGUGUUUGUUCACGGGCGUGAAUUAAAACCUGCACAGCAGCAUCUUUCGUCUUGCCACUUUUGUACAGAAAUGUGUCGUGUCAACGUGCUACGGUGAAGUCUGCGCUGUCUGUGCUCCUUUGAAAUCAAAUAUGUGUCAAUUUGGUUUGUCCCGCGGCAGGAUGCAGCACCGAGGUCCUGCGGUUUCUUUUAAAACCACGGCGAGUUGUGCGAUGUUGCGUUCUGCGCUGACGAGCCUCCACUAAGCUAAUGUUGAAGUGUUCCGACGGGGGAGCGUGGGGGCGUUACCGAGAGGGAUUCGUGGCCUGUAUGGAAGCCUUUUAAGACAUUUCAGAAUUCAUUGACUCUGGCGGAAGCUAGUUGUCACAAAGUGUUCUAGUGACUGAAGUUUGUGUGUAUAGUUGAUUUUUUUUUUUUUUUUUUUCCCCAGGUUGUACAUUUGAAUUAAAAUAUGACAAAAAUACAGAUUGUGGAAAAAGAUAAGAAAAAAAAAGACUGCUCCUUCUGUUCCUGCAGUGUUUACGUGUGAUGAGCUGCACAUUUGAAUGUAAUUUUUCAGGCUAACUGCUGUUUGUGAAAUUGCUGUCUAAUAAUAAAAAAAAAA